GUAGUUUGUUUAUUUAGAUUAUAAUAGUUACUUAAUACUUUAUUGUUUACUAUAUAGUAGAACUAUAAUAUAAUAUUACAGUUAGAACUUUUAAAGUUUCAUGUUGGGCGUAUAAAUAACCACUGCAAAAGUGUACUUUCCUGUCCCAAGAAGAAUUAUAAUUGUUUGAUAUGGGAUGCGAUGGUGGAACUAUACCCAAGAGGGACGAGCUGGUACGAACCAAAAAGAAACCAGAACAGAAAGAUAAAUCGUCCAUGCAGUUGUACCGUUGGCGUAAUUGUCACUUGACUCAAGGACCACUUCGACCGCCAAUAGUUGCUUGUGGCAUGGGUCUCUUGUACAGUAAAGAGUCUGUUUUACAGCAUUUAAUAAAUAAAACUCCAUUUCCUGAAGCUUCAGCACACAUCAAGGGUUUAAAAGAUAUAAAAGUUUUGAAAUUGACUUCCAAUCCUGCAUUCAACAAAAAAGCUCAAAGUGUUGGAGGAUAUAUUGACGAUAAUUGUUCACCUUACAUAUGCCCUCUUGUUGGUCUUGAAAUGAACGAUAGAUCAAAAUUCUGUUUUUUAUGGAAAUGUGGGUGUGUUGUUUCUGAGAGAGGUCUUAAGCUAGGUGCUGAUAACAAGUGUGUCAAUUGUGUAAAGGAAUAUGACGAUGAUGAUAUAGUUGUGUUGAAUCCAACCGAAGAAGAUAUAACUUUAAUGAAAAUUAAAUUGGCUAGACGCAAAGAUAAGAUAAAGAGUGCAAAAAAUUCUGAGAAAAAUAAAGUCAAACAAGAAGUGGUAAUUAAAGACGAACCAAUUGAAGAAGAAGAUGAAAAACCAAUUGUUCCAUCCAUCAUACCUAUUAAAACUGAAAACAUUGAUAUCAAGAAAGAAAUAAAAAAGGAACAAAUAAAGAAAGAACAGAUAAAAAGACCAAUCACUAGUGCUGCAGGAUCAAGUUCCUCCGUUGGUUCUGGUAAUUGCCGCAAAUUAGAAGAUCCUGUGUAUAAAAAAGCAAAACUUGCACAUAGUAUUUCUAAAGACAAAUCAGCAACCAAUGUUUAUAAGUCAUUAUUUACAAGUCAUGAGGACGACAAAAAUCAAACUCGGGCUCAUUGGAUUACGUACAAUCCAUUCUAUAAUUAAACACGAGAAUUAUAUUAUGUACUUUUAUGACCAUCUAAUUUUUUCCCUUUAAAAAUGUCUACACUCCAUAUUUUCUCUUGAAACAUUUUUUUAAUUUAAUAAUUCAAUUUAUUAACUAAAAAACAAAAUUUAGAGUAAAAUUAUACAUUACCUUGUUCUAUAUAACAUAUUAAAAAAUAAAUAAUAGGUUAUGGAUAAGUA